AAUACACACCUUCACCAACAGUCGGAGGUAGAUAUCCUCACUCCUGGGUUCAGUUCUGUGGACUUUCCGUAGCUUUGAGUGGUCGAUAUCGAUACCCUACGGUAUAAACAAGAAAGAGUUCCAUGUUAUUAUCAUAAUGAUUCUUAAUUAAAAUUCGAUAAGUGUACGAUCAAUGUGAUUUUGUACGAUUUUCGUGGGCUUAUUUAAUUCGUCGCCUCACCAUUUUGCCUGUAUACGACCAAAAAGAACUAGAUACGUAUGCGCCCUCUAUUGUUUCAAUUUAUGAAUUUGCACGUGUUGUUUUGAUGACGAAAAGAUGGAUACUUCUGAAAUAGUGGACAAAGUUUUGAGAAAUGCAGCGGAGGAAGAGAAGAAAUACAAGUCUAUAGAAGUUCAACGGGAUGUGGAAGUCGGCAUCGACUUAGGGAACUUGCUGACCUGUGAUCCAAAUGCAUUAGAUGUGAAGAAAUAUAGAAGAAAAAAAGAAGAAUAUCUUGCUUCCAUUGCUAGGGAUGCGACCCAACUAUUAUUCAACCAACUUUGGAAGCUUCCUGUGCACAGAGUUGAGGAUGCCAUCACUGUCAAGCUCCCCGAACCAUCUACAGUCCUGCCGAGAGAAAAGAGGGUACCGAAGGAUAAACCAGCCACCAAAUGGGAGCAGUAUGCCAAGCAGAAAGGAAUUCACAAGAGGAAAAGGACUGGUAAAGUUUGGAGUGAAGAAGAAGAGAAAUGGAUUCCUAGAUUUGGUUACAAGAGCAAGAAUGACCUCAAGAAAGAUUGGCUUCUUGAAGUUCCAGCUAAUGCAGAUCCAAUGGAGGACCAGUUUACCAAGAAGAAGAAAGCCAAGCAGGAGAGAAUUGCCAAGAAUGAGCUUCAGAGGUUACGUAACAUCGCCAGAUCAAGGAAAGGAAAAGUUCCAGGAGUAGGGCUCACACCGACAGAGAAACCAGACAAAUCUCUAGUCAACAAGUCCAUUCAUUUAUCCAAACAUUCUACAGCAUCAAUAGGAAAGUUUGAAAAUAAACUGCCUAAAGAACCACUGAUCAAGAAUCUAGGGAAAAGGCGAAAGUUUGAUCCGGUCAUGGGUUCUUUGAAGAAGGAGCAGGAUCUUCAGAAAAGUAUUUUAGAUGGGCUAUCAAGGAAAAAACCAGAGAUAAAUGUCACCAAGGCUGUAAACAGGCAGAUCAGGGAGGAACAACAGACUGCAGCUGCAGAGAAGAGAGAGGGAAAGAAGGGUGGAAAGGGCAAAGGCAAAGGAAAGGGAUCCAGGAAAGCAGCACCCAAGACUGCUGGAAGGAAGCGAACCAAAGGAGGUGGGCGGGGCAAGAAGCGAUGAUAUUUCUCCUAACAAUGCUUUGAACUAAUAGACUGAAUAUAUAGUACCUAUGAUUACGAUCCGGUGGAGUCAUUUGCGCAGAUGAGCUGCACCGAUUCAUCUUCAUGUAUUUUUGAAGCAGCUAGGCCUGCAGUUAAUCAUCGGCCAGUACAAACCAUCAGCCAUUAUAGCAACACCCGAAGUCCUUGGCUUCUAAAAUCAGGCCGUUAACCCAUAAUGCAACAUUCUGAACAGUGUAUUCUUUUACAUUAUUUUUUACAUUAUAACACAUUUCACUACUCAGUUCAUUCACAUUGCAAUGUUUAUGUUACAAAGUAGCAAAACAAGUACUUUCUCCUUUAAACAUUUUAGUUUCUCUAUACAAGUAAAAUUAUAGUCUAAUUUAUUCCCUGUUUUGUUCAUUAAUAGUUUGCUAAUAUUUUAAGACUAGUUAAUAAUGAGACACUGUUGAUGGCAGACCAGUCCACACAGUCUUGUCCAGUUCAUUUUCUCUUUAGAGUAUGCAUCAUCGUUAUUUCCUAAAUUACACUACAAGGGAAAGGUGCUGUCUGUAACUAAGGAAUUAAUUCAACAAGGUAGCCAUUUAUUUCACAAGGGUCAAGUGGUUCACAAAGGAUGAUAUUGUGGUCAUGCUAUCUACUGUGGAAACCAGGUAGAACAAGGGCCUGCUCAACUUCAAAUUUUGAUUUUGCAGCAGUAGUAAAUAACUAAAUAUAUCGGGUAAAGCGGGUCCAGGAAUAUUUAAAAAGGGACAUCAAAUGCUGAUUGUAUUUAAAACAGAUCACUCUAUUUGAUUUUUCACUUAAUCAAAAAUCAUUGCUUAUUGCUUGGUAAAAUAAAUCAUGUAAAGGUAGCUUUUGUUUUCAUGAUUUUUCUUCAAAGAAAAUGAUGAUUCUGGCUGACCAUUUUUCAUUUAACUUAAAUUUUUUAAUUCACUGAUGAAAAGUGAUUUUAGUAAUAACUAAUAUCUAAGAAAAUAUAUUUUUUUCAAGUUUUAAUGAUAAAAUAAUAAUCAUUUUAAAUACCGCAAAUUUCAAAUUGAUUUGCAAUCAAUUGUUUAUUUUUUAAGGAUAAAAAAAAUCCUUUUGGAAACUGUAGCCUCCUUCACUGUUUACCGACAUAGCUAUGUCAUUUUCUAAUCAGUUUGUGGUUUACAAAAAAAUCGUUUGCUGCCAAAUUCUUCAAAAUAUUUUGACAAAGAAAGAUGUAAAGUUGAAACUUGUAUACACUGUACAAUCGAAGAAGAAAUGUACAGUAACCUAUUCCUUUCACUCGGCUACUUUGAUAAGACAAGGUCCAUAUUCUGUAGUCUAGCCGUGGACCAAGUCUAUGCUGAAAUUGAGGGUAGCCAAAUAUAUCAAACUUGGUGUACACUUAAUAUUGCCCUUAUGAAUACUUAAUUGUGAAGAAAACUAUUUUGAUUAUCAUCUCCAGAUUGUUGAUUAAUAAUUUACAUUUGAGUGUCAUUUUUGCCUUUAAGCCUCUAAUGUACACAACAGUUAAACCAAAAUUCAGAAUUUGUGCUAAAAAUUUUUUAGUUUUGGAUUCAUUUAAACAACAUUGUAGGCUGUUCCAAGCGGUGGAAUUUCCAAAAUAUACCAAUGAAAGUUCAACAGAAUCUUUGAAAAUAGUUAAUUUUAUUAUGUAGGUGUUUGUAGCUAUUAAAACAUAUCAACAUUGUUUUAAGCAACCAAUAUUUCAUUUCAAGAAGAAAAUAUUUUAUCUCAACAAA